AAACUAUCAAACAUUCAUUUAGAUAGAUAAAUAGAUCGACAGACAGACAGACAGACAGACAGACAGACAGACAGAUAGACAGACAGACAGGUAGACAGGUAGAUAGAUAGAUAGAUAAAUAGAUAGAUAGACAGAUAGAUAGAUAGAUAGAUAGAUAGAUAGAUAGAUAGAUAGAUAGAUAGACAGACAGGUAGAUAGAUAGAUAGACACAUAGAUAGAUAGACAGACAGACAGACAGACAGAUAGAUAGACAGACAGACAGACAGACAGACAGACAGACAGAUAGAUAGAUAGAUAGACAGACAGGUAGAUAGAUAGAUAGAUAGAUAGAUAGAUAGAUAGACAGACAGGCAGGUAGAUAGACAGACAGACAGCCAGACAGGUAGAUAGAUAGAUAAAUAGAUAGAUAGAUAGACAGACAGACAGACAGGGAGAUAGAUAGAUAGAUAGAUAGACAGACAGACAGACAGACAGAUAGAUAGAUAGAUAGAUAGAUAGAUAGACAGGUAGAUUAAAAAGUUACAGUGAUGACUCGGCCAACUUUCGGUCACAAUGUGCCGCCAUUUUUGUCGCACGUUCGUGGAGACGUCAAAAACGGCUCGGCACAAUUCGGACCGCUUGGUUCCGUUUGAUCAGACAAAAGGAGACGACGACGGAGCUGUUCGGAGCCCGGAGACAGUCUGGUCCACUCCCCGACACACACGCGCACCCGGAUCCACCUGAACAGAGAAGCCUCAGCCCGGUCCAGCCGAACACCGUGUUCCGAUGAUGUCAUACCUGUGGAUUCUGCUAUUAGGGAGCCUGUUGGCGGGAGGCGUCAGGAGCCAAGAUGAAGCCGCUCUGGCAGAGGAUGCGGCCCCUCCUGGUAGCCCUACCCCCAAAAGCGAAGCUGCUGCACCGGAGCCAGAUGCCAACGGUGGAUCUGCCCCUGCUGUUGAAGAAGUGGCACCGGAGGAAAAAGAACCUGAGCCAGCUGGAGAGCCCGUCGCGAAUCCUUCUCCUCCUGCAGUAGUCGAUUCAGUGCCAGUGGUGGACCCUGCAGAUAACAAGGACGCAGCUCCAACCGUUCCUCCAGAGACCGAAGACAAAGAAGCCCUCCCUUCUGGGAUGGACAAACCCGAAGAAGCUGCUCCAACGGAGACAGGAAACAAGGAGGCUGCUCCUUCAGGGACGGAAAAACCCGCAGAAACAACUCCUCCUGAGACAGUGAAAGAAGAUGCGGUUCCUCCUCCGUCAGAAAAAACAGAAGAAGCUGGUCCUCCUGCGACAGUAAAAGAGGAUGUGGUUCCUCCUUCGACAGAAAAACCCUCUGAAGCUGCACCUCCUGUGCCUGAAAACAAGGAAGAGCUUCCAUCAGGCACGGCGAAACCAGAAGAAGCUGCUCCUCCUGCCAAUAAUCCAGAGUCUAUAACCACAACAGCCCCAGAGGUACCUGCCCCGGACGUUCCGGCUCCAGAGGUUGUAUCAGAAACACCCAAAGCUGAGGAGAAGCCGGCAACAACUGAGGCACCACCAGCCAAAGAGGACUCUCCGAAAGAUGCAGGUCCUGCUGCUGAGAAACCCACCGAUCCACCUGCUGACAACAAAACAACAAAAAAAGUCAAUGAGGAAAUAGUGGUGCCAGCUGUUGCAGAGGAACCGAGCUCUGACCCGACAGACACAGGCUUUAGCUUGGAGGAUGCUCUGCUGGACGAUGGAGCAACAGACACUUCCUCACGGUCAGGAGGGAGUCAAAUCGGAUCAGGAUUGCACGUCGCCGAGGCCACAGGGGACGCCAACACUGACAAUAAAGAGGCUGGGUCGGGAACCUUGGCAGGCGUCCUGAGUGGAAUCAUUCUGGCUGCCGUGGGAUCAGUCGGGGGAUACUUCACCUAUCAGAAGAAGAAGCUCUGCUUCAAAAAUAAUCAGGAGCCCGACGCUGAAGCUGCGCGGAAAGCAGACCCGGUGGAAGCUCAGUCGGACCCCCAGGUCCUUAGCAACCUGUUGAACUCCAACCAAUGAGAGCUGGAUCACAUGACUGCCCGGACCAACUACAUUCAAGCAAAGUGGCGACACCAGGCUCUCAGGCUCCGACUUGUGCGGAGCGAAACAGCUGUGAGGCCCUCGAGCUGGGCUGUGUGUGUUACUGUGUGUGCUUGAGUUUGAGUGUUUCUUAAAGUUUCUGUGUGUGUGUGUGUGUGUGUGAGAGAGAGAGAGUGUUGAGUAGACCAUUAAAAGAAAAAUGUCGUUCUUUUUAUACGUUAUGGAAUUCAAGUGAAACCCCAAACGAACAAAUUGCAGUGAAAUAUACCAGACUUAUACAAAUCUGAUAUCAUAUUUUAAUAAUUGAGGUAUAUAACUAUAUAUAUUGUAUCAUAUUACUCAAUGAGGAGCGGCUUUUCAAUCAAAUUCGUCCAAAGGAAGUAAAUUCCUGAUCUGUUUGAUGUCACUGUGCAUGUGUGUGUGUCAGUUUGUGUGUGUUUUUUUUAUUGGUUAGCCGCCUGCAAAUAAGAAAAAAAAAAACAGCUGUUGGGUAGCGACCACUUGUGACGAGUCAGCAAUAUUAGAUCAUGAAUUGAAGCAAGAGUGAAAGUCUACUCCAACACUGUGAGGGAGCGUUACUCGUGUGUGAAUCCAGGUAUUGACAAAAUAUAUUUAGCGAAUCGAGAUGUUUUGCUGACACAUGUAGAGACAUUUUUUUUUUUUCUGUGACGUUGUAAAUGUCGGAUAAGUUGUUGAUGCAGUCAUUUUUUUUUACAUUAUAGUGCCUUUCGCUGGGGCAGACGCGCUUGACCAAUGAAAAGACAUCAAAGGAACGACAAUACAGAAUCUCAUCCGGGUGUGCGCCAUACGUCUUAAUGAUAGUAGAUGUGACAAUCCACUUAAAAGACAUUGUUGACUGGUCGGCAGGUUUUAUCCAGCGAUUUAAUGGGAUUAAAAGCUGAAUAUUGGAUCCAUCUUGGAAUGUAAACAUACAUUUUCUGCCUUGUUUCCAAGCAGAUGGAAACCAAUUCAGUUCAAAGAAAAAAUCAACAAAAUGGAGGCACUGUUUUUGGCCACACUGCUCCCCUGUCGUGUCUUCUCAGUUGGUCAAGCUUCGCCUGCUUCAGAGUGUUUUGUAUUACUCUCACUAGAAACACCACUCACCUGUGAUUUUCCUUUUGAUAUGAUCGCCUUGCAUUCGGUGCCCUCCGACAUGACACUGAUUGUCUUUGGAUAACUUCUUUGCUGUGGUAUUUUGUGAUUAUUGUUGCCUCAGAAGAAAGCGCUUCUCAAGAAAAGAGCCGUUUUGUCCCUCCCCGCUGUAGCACAAAACAUGAAUGUCUUUCUGUUGCCUUUCGCAGUUUUGUACCUGCUCUGUUGCCUUUAUCGCGUGGACACAGGGUUGUGGGAGCUACAUCGUGCUGUAGGUGUUGUUAGAGCUGCAAUACACGACAGAGACGUUAGGUCUUGCCUCGGAAUUCCAAAAUAUCAAUGUUUGUGAUGUCACUUUUUUAGUACUUCUGCUUUUUCAACAAAGGGCCGGACGCCUGCUUGAUGAAUAGUUUGAGAUGCCUUUUUAUGAGCUGUGGGUGACGCCUCUGCCACCGUGGGAUCAGGGUGGUGCAUGAAUGUGCUCUUUCGGACCUAACAAGACGUGAUCCUCUGACUUCAUUGGAGUCAUUUAGUUCCUGUUACAAGAAGCGAACUCAUAAAUUAGCUGCUGCUCGCUCGUGUUACAACAUGAAACACAAAACGUAUUAAUAAUCUGAAUGCGUUCUCUCAAAUUAUACGAUUGUACUGAAGCUUGAAACAACAGCCUUAAUCUGCCCUGUUGCAUGGUGGGAAAUCCUGUGAUCAUUUCGAAAGCACAGAAACGCACAGACUACCCAAUGAACUGAACCACUGUUGCCUUUGUUAUUUUAAACUCCAACUCACACUUCUGUCUGGAGUUUACUUUCAGUAUUGGAUGAAAAGUGGAGAAAAAAAGACAGAUUUUUGAGCACAUAGAUCCAAACAUCAAGUGGGUCAGCCACAAAAUGUCUCAUCCAAAAGACUGUCCAGCGACUGAUCUGUUUCCAGGCCACUCGUAAGCCAUCGUGUCUGUGCUUGGUAGUGUGCUUGAAUCCUUGUUGUCUGUUGUUAAUCUUGUCUUGCGCAGAAAACGUUACACUUUCACAUAGGUUCAGGCUCUGAAAGCCCUUGUGGCGAGCGAUACCUGUUAUUAGCAUAUGGCUAUGGGUGCGUUCCAGUUGUGCUCAGAAGUGGGAAAGCCCCGGUAACGCCCCCCGUGAAGUCGAAAAGUCUGAGAACCACCCCAAGUACACAAUCCAAGAUGGCUUCCCCAAACGUUAACAGGAAGUAGAAGUUAUGAUUCACGCCCAGCUAGUUUUCUACGGUAGCGUUCAGGGAUAUUGCUACCUUGUUUUCCGACUUUGGUAACUUGAACGCGCUGGAGCUCUACUGUGAUGUCAUUCCUAUCGCCGACCUCCCACUUCUGAGGUGACUGGAACACAUCUUACGAGGAUCUUAACCCGUGUUCCCAAUUACAUCUGCCCUUAUUCUAAACGUUAGACACCCGUUUUAAACAAAAGUUUGUUCGCGAAGGAAUCAUGUCGUCACAGCUUUUAGUCCGAUGUAAAAUAGUUUCGCUGCAACUGCUUCAUAACAAAAUCUAAAUCUAAAAUCUAAUAACAUCUGCCCCAGCUCCCCUCCUAAAUCUGUUUAUUGUGAGCACAUGGUCCACUUCUGCUUUGUCCCAGGGAGCCAGAUUCCACAUGAACACAAAUCACUGGAACGAAUGAUUCAAGCUUGAAUUUAACUGAGGGAAUAGUUGACCUUUUUGGGUUGAGAAGUGCACUUCAACAAAAAUGUUGGGGCUUAAGUCGCCGCAUUUUUCCUCCUUAGGAAUAUUCUGGAAAAAGGAAAUCAAAAAGUAACGUUGGCAUGUGUUAAAAAAAAAAAAAAAACAAGCAGAAGAGAGUUUUGUAACUUUCUAGAAGCACUAUCCUGUAAACACAUUCUAGGCUUGAGGCUUUUACCACCUUUAUUUAAAUAUGAGUUCAACUGUCGCCUGGAACUUGAGUUCUGGAAAUUGUGUAAAUAAUGUUGGAGGAGUCAAUAAAACAGUUUUUCGUGGGAGUGUUGUCUGUUUGUUUUC